GCAAUGAAAAAUCUGUUACAGACAAGCAAGAGUUCCACUUUACAUUACAGUUUGCUAGGAGAAAUGCCAAAGGAAGAAGUCAGUGCUGGAAAUUACACCAAAUGCCAAAGUAAGGAAGUAUUAAGGAAAUUGAAAAGCGAAUGGAAUGUCAGCGACGUCCUUCACAAUGACACCUUCACAGAAUUGACAAUUGUGCAAGAAGUUUUGUAUGAUGAAGAUGAUGAUAGCAAGACUGUAAGAGGAUAUAUACAAGAAAUAUCAUAUAGACCAUUGAUUAUUACCUUGUACAAAGAAGAAUCUCUAGAGGUUGCCAGAAAUGAAAUACGGUAUGGAGAUGGAGUCUUCUACCUUGAUGCAACAGGAGGAGUUGUUUCAAAAACACAGGUAUCCAGGACUGUUUUCUAUUAUGCGAUAGUUGUAAAAGCAUUUGAUAAGGGACAACCUCCAGUACCAGUGUUAGAGUUCCUUUCGGAUCAGCACGGGACAUAUUUUGUUGUAAGACCAUUCUUAUCAUUUUACGCAGCACUGAAAAGGUUCUCGCCAACAUACAGCCAGCCUAAGAGGGUUGAAUGCGAUUUUGCUUGGGUGUUCAUACAUACCAUUUUACUGGUUUUCAACAAAACAUCAAUUGAGGAGUACUUGAAAAUGUCUUUUUCCAUAACCAGAGGUGACACAGUACCAAGGAAACAUCUGACAGUUGUACACUUGUGUGCCACUCAUGUGCUUAAAGCUGUCCGUGACCAUAUAAAAGAUAUUGUGAAGGACAAAGAAAUGAGGCAGCUGGUCAUCAGAGUGUUUGCUCUACUGCAGAACUCAGUCUAUCUUCAGGAGACAGUCCAUAUCUGGAAAAUUGUAUGCACCGUGUUCGGAAACGAGUACUCUUCCAGACCAGUAUUGAGAGCAAUAGAAGAAAUGAGAGAAAUGGUAUUGAAGGCAUCCACAGAGGGCAUUGAUGAUGACCUGCUAUGCAGUGAAAUUCCAGAUGAUGAAAGUGAGGCGGAAGAAGUGCCAGUUGUUGGAAUUAGAAACGCAUCUCCUUUCAACAGAAUAUUCCAAAGAUGCAUGGAGCAAGUAAUCAUUGAAGACCAGACAUGUGAAGAUGAAAAUGAGUACUACUGUAUAGAUGUUCUUAAACUUCUACAGAAGAGUUACAUGCCACUUGUCAGCCUUUGGAGUGGUCUGAUGUUAGGGGAUUUGAGCAGACACCAGCAAAAAUCACAUGAAAUAGAUAAAGUAGUAUUAGAAGAAACAAGAGAUACUAAUGCCAAUGUCGAAAAUUGGAUGAAAAUAAUGAAAGUGGAUACGCUAGGUGGAAAGAAAAAAAUACGAAUUGGACUAUUUGCAAGACAUGCCCAUAAAACCCUGAAAGGCAGAUUAAGAGAAUAUUUAAGAGGAGUUGAUGAAGCCCCCAAAAAGCGACCCUUGAAGAAGAGGAAGACAAUGCCAAAGUCUGAGGCACCGGAAGUUACAGAAGAAACAUGGAAGAAAAAUACUGAGAAAUCGGGAACAACCAAUAAGCCAUUUUUUUAUUCUCCUCCAAAGAAAUUCCCUUCACCAAAAAAAGGUAAAAAAACACCGCAGGUCAGAAAGAAGAAAACAACAAACAAACCUUAUCAGAGAAAAGGAACAAGUGCAAAAUCUGAAAAUGUACAAAUCCCACUAGUUGUUUCUAGCGGAAGUGUGUCUGAUGCUUUGAAGAAUGAACGUUUCAGUCAGUACAUACCAAAGCCGCAGACAGAUCCAGUAAAAGGUACAAAAAUCGAAGAGGAAAAAGGUAACAAUGAGAUGGAUGAUUCAGACUCUUUGGGCAAAAAGAUGGGAAAAGGUAGCAAAAAGAUGGGAAAAGGUAGCUCCAGUGUACCCUCCAGUGGUAAAAGAAAACAGUUUACGAUCUUUGAGAUGAGGGGGUUUUCUGCAGGCUUGAAGAAGAGACCUGGUAUAAAACACUUUGGCAAUACCUGUUGGUUGAUAUCUACUUUACAAGGACUGGCAGCCCUGAAAAACACUGAUCCUCAAGGUACAGAUAUUAUUAGCAGAAACACAAGGCCUGUCUUACAGUCUCUAAGGAAAACAACUGGAAGUCCUAAGUAUGUUGAUAUUGAAGAACUUAAGGAAGCAAUAAAUUCUGAUAUUCCUGGACUUACUAUUGGGAGACAGCAUGAUGCAGCACAUUACCUUACUCACCUUAUAAAUAAAUCAUGUGAGGAGGAUAACACACAAAUGGAGAUAGAAGUGGAGAAUAUUUUACAAUGUGUAACAUGUAAACAGAGCAAAAGUAGUAAAGAGCAGUUUGGAAUUGUUCCCAUUGAAAUUCCCAUCAAGGAUGUAGUGACAGUAAAAGACUGCCUCAAUGAGUUUCAAAAGCAAGAACUGUUACAGGGUGCAAAUGCAGUGUUUUGUGACUCCUGUGUUGAAAAAAAGAGUCAGCUGAAACACUAUGAGAUUAAUAACGCAGGAAAUACAUGUUUGAUCCUACAGCUGAAAAGAUAUGUUAGAGGAAAAACUGGCAGGUUAUACAAAAGACAAACUCCAGUAUUUAUUGAUAGAUUAAUAACCCUUGGCAGUAGGCAGAUGGUAAUAUAUAAACUUGUUGCUGUACAGAUGUCACUGUGACUGUUGAUGAUGAUGGUCACUGUACCAGAUGUGACGAUGCAAUGACAGAGGGUGUGGAAGCUUUUUACAUCAAUGAGAAACAAAUACAAGAAAAUUGCUACAUACUGUAUUAUACAGAACUGCAGGUUGCAAAUCCAU